AUGAAGGGACGACCAAUCAGGGAACCAUAUCUCCCUGUGCUACGACAAAUGGGUGGAAUCCGUGGAACAUCACGUCAAUCUCGCCAACGUCAACGUCUAGGAUUUAUUCCUUGGAGAAUGGGAUACGACCACAACAGUUAUUUCCCUCUACAAAAUUUGGAGAUUGUUAUUCCAACUCCAUUGGCAAAACGUAACGAAGAUCGUCAAGAAGAACAACAACCUCUUCAAAAUUAUGUUAUCACUGAAGCAACGCGUCAACAAAUUAUCGCCAAGCUUACAAAGACCAGAGAUGAAAUCAAUGAGACCAUUGAACUUGUUCAGCAACUUUCAACAUGUGAACAACCUUCAACCUCAUGGAGUUGGAAUGGUGGACACUAG